AGGGCGGCGAGCGCAGGUCGGAUUUCCUCCGAGGCCGGCGGUCGGCAGAGCUCCCACCUUCGCUCAGAGCUCGCUGCGGCCGCCCUGCCCCGCGCCCUCCCGAGACCCGGACCCGACCAAGAUGUGGAAACGCUGGCUGGCGCUCGCGCUGGUGGCCGUCGCCUGGGUCCACGGCGAGGAGGAAGUAAGAAGCAAAUCCAAGAUCUGUGCCAAUGUGUUCUGUGGAGCCGGCCGGGAAUGUGCAGUCACAGAGAAGGGAGAGCCCACCUGCCUCUGCAUUGAGCAAUGCAAACCUCACAAGAGGCCUGUGUGUGGCAGUAAUGGCAAGACCUACCUCAAUCACUGUGAGUUGCAUCGAGAUGCCUGCCUCACUGGAUCCAAAAUCCAGGUUGAUUACGAUGGACACUGCAAAGAAAAGAAAUCCGUAAGUCCAUCUGCCAGCCCAGUCGUUUGCUAUCAGUCCAACCGUGAUGAGCUCCGGCGCCGCAUCAUCCAGUGGCUGGAAGCUGAGACCAUUCCAGAUGGCUGGUUCUCUAAAGGCAGCAACUACAGUGAAAUCCUAGACAAGUACUUUAAGAACUUUGAUAAUGGCGACUCUCGCUUGGACUCCAGUGAAUUCCUGAAAUUUGUGGAGCAGAAUGAAACUGCCAUCAACAUCACCACCUAUGCAGAUCAGGAGAACAACAAGCUGCUUAGAGGACUCUGUGUCGAUGCUCUCAUUGAACUGUCUGAUGAAAAUGCUGACUGGAAACUCAGCUUCCAGGAGUUCCUCAAGUGCCUCAACCCAUCUUUCAACCCUCCUGAGAAGAAGUGUGCCCUGGAGGAUGAAACAUAUGCAGAUGGAGCUGAGACCGAGGUGGACUGUAACCGCUGUGUCUGUGCCUGUGGAAACUGGGUCUGCACAGCCAUGACCUGCGAUGGAAAGAAUCAAAAAGGGGCCCAGACCCAGACAGAAGAGGAGAUGAACAGAUAUGUCCAGGAGCUCCAAAAGCACCAGGAAACAGCUGAAAAGACCAAGAGGGUGAGCACCAAAGAGAUCUAAGGAGAAGGCAAUGUAGGAACAGUGUCUGGAGCCCAGCACCUUCUCUUCCACUCCAGUGCUGAGUCCAGUAUACACGAAUGUCUGCUACAAUCGCCAAAUCACCAGUAUUUGCUUAUAUAGCAAUGAGUUUUGUUUUGUUUGUUUGUUUUGCAAUAAAGGUAUGGGGAUGGCUGGCUAGGAGGGGAAGGGCCAUAGCCUUCAUUUCUAGGAGUGCUUUGAGAGAAUCUGUAAAUGAUGCUCUGGGGCUGGAGACAAGUAAGGAAACUGCAUCCAGGUUGGGAGAGGAGUGGACCCACAUCAGAACCCCUUCUGAGUCCACUGCAGCUGUCAGCAGGCUGCAGGGAGUGCAUGCAGUACCAGAGAGAACUUAGCAGCCUGUCCCUGGAGGAAGGGUUUGGGAAGCUCAAAGGGGAGGACCACAUCCUCUUUCUGGCUCCUUCCCAUUGCCAUCAGCAUGACAGACCUCCAGCAUCUGUGCUUCUCCUCUUGGUCCCAGCCACUGCCUGUAGAUACACAGCAAUCCUGCUAGUUAUCCAGUGUCCCUCAGACUUGGAUGGAGUUUCUGGGAGACUGUGCCCAAAUGAUGCAGAUACUUGUAUACUUCAAGCCCCUUAGAGACCUAACCAAAUUUUUAAAAUACUUUUUACCAAAGGUGCUAUUUCUCUGUAAAACACUUUUUUUUUUUUUUUUUGGCAAGUUGACUUAAUUCUUCAAUUAUUAUCAUUAUGUUAUUGUUGUUUUUUAAUAUUUUAUUUUCUCAACUAGAUAUUAAGCUUUUGUAAUUAUUUUUCAGUAGUCCUACCAUUUCAGAGGUGGAAGGAAUUUGGGGUUCCUCCUGAUGCAGGGACCUCUGUAAUGCAGAUGCUUGUGUACUUCAAGCCCCCCACCCUGCUACAUACUAGAUGCAGCCCAGAGUUGGGCACCCCCUGCCUUCCAGCAGGUCAACUGUCUGCCAGACGAGUGGGGGGUACCUCAGACAGAAGCCAGGGGAAGAACAAGCAUCUUCAUACAAAGCUUUCAGAAUCCAAAAAAUUAAUUUGUUUUCAUUUAUUCUGAGAAGUUCAGGCAAAUCAAUAUGCCAAAGGAUGGAGACGAAUGCAGCUAAGCAGGGCUCAGGAUAUCCUAGUCUGCGUAUAUGCUUCUUGAUCUACCACUAACUAGAAGAGUGACUUUGGCCCUGUCUCCUCCUAUUUCUGGGCCUUGGUUUCCUCGGUGAGCUGGUGAGAAAUGUAGUAACCUUUUGAUUUGAUAAAUUAAAAAAUCUGUGGUUCUAAUAAUUGGUCCAGAGGAAGACAGGGUUCCUGUGAUUUUCCUUCUUCUCCUUAGGUUAAAUGAAAUCUUGUUAUAACAAGAGGAGUCAGACAGCCAAGACAAGAUGAACUAACCUGACCUCAGUCUGAAUGACCCCCGCAGGUUGUGCUGUGAUGUAGAUAGAGCCCUCAUGGGUAAAACCUGCCCCAGAAGAGAACGGGGAGAAGAAGCACCCCACUUUGUUUUCAUGUUUGCGUUUCAUGUUUAACCUCUUAUUGGAAAGAGAAAUAGCUUUCCCUUUAGAGAUGAGGACAAAAGAUGGUUUCAAAUUCAAGAGGAGAGAAAAAUGGAGAUUGAAUCUUAAAACUGACUUGGGGAGAAGUCAGUUGUUCACAGUCAGUCCUAUGUCUUUUGGCCUCUAAUUAUUAACCCCACUCACUACCAUGUUUAAGAUGCAUUUGGAGUAACAAAGAUUAAGAACUUGACAUAAGUCUCAUUUGCAGAAAUCAGAUUAAAGACCAUCAGAGGGAAGUUAUUUAGGUUGUACUGCACAGGCAACUAUGAGAAACUGUUGUACUAAAAAUAGAAUUUCUUCUAAAUAGUUUUCCUUGUUCUCAUUUGAAAGGAGAAAGUUCCACUUAGUUUAGAAUUCUGAGCUUUUACGUAUCACCCCAUUUAAAAACUCUUUGAACCCCUCUUGUGCAGUCUGAAAUGCAGCUCCCUGUCCAAGUGCCUCAGGAAACUCACAGCAGUACGCCUUAAUCAAAAGAAGUUUUGCCAGCCCUUGGACACUAUGGACAAGGGCAGGACUACCAGUUUGUUUAAAGCAAGAAGCCACAGUGUCUCUUCACUAGUUACUUUUAGAACAGUGGUUAUCCAAGACUAGCCUAUCUUGCAACAUGGAAUUCCCAAGAGAAAAUCCACAUUCCUCUUGAGUUCUGCUGCUUCUGUGUAAAUAGGGCAGCUGUGUCUGUGCUAUAGAAUCACGUGAUCUGAGGACUAUUCAUGGAAAGCUGCUAAAUAGCCUAGUUUGGGGAGUCUUGCAUAGAACUUUGCAUGGAGCAAACAGGAUUAAGUCGGGUUCAGUUCCUUCAGCCCUCUAAAAGCAUAGGGCUUAGACUGCAAGCUUCCUUGGGCUUUCUCUGUGUCUGUAGUUUUAUAAAUAUUAUAGCAUCUGUUAAGAUCCAGUGUCCAGGGAAAUUUCCACAUGCCAUGACUCUGGAGUCUAUCACUGUUUUUGGAAAGCAGGGCUCCUUCACCUGCUGAUAAGCCCAUGUGGACCAGUCUGAAUGUCUUUUAUUUACACCUAUGUUUUUAAAUAGUCAAACUUCAAGAAGCAAUUUGAACAAGUUUCUGUUGCCUAUGUGUUUGUGAAAAUGUACUUGUAUUUAGUAGGCUUCCAUAUUGCAUUUAACUUGUUUGUAACUCCUGAUUUCUUUUUUUUUCCCAGAUACU